GGCUGAAGCUAGUGGCUCACACUGAAAAGAAAGAAGACCUUCUACAAAAGAGACACCAUGAAGCUCCUGGUUCUGGCUACACUUCUUUGUGGAUUGAUGGUUCUGACCACUGCUAAUGUCGGCAGUGGUGCAGGAGGUUUAAUUCCAACAGCAAGGAGUUACCGGUUCAACAUGUCCUCUGGUUGUCCUCAUGGUUGGUCUUAUUUCAAUCAUCGCUGUUUUGUCUACGUUCCAAGAUCCAUGAGUUGGGGUCAAGCUGAGAGAAACUGCAAGUCAAUGGGUGGACACCUUGCAUCUGUGCACAGCAACAACGAGUACCGUCACAUUCAGAAGCUCACUAGUGAUCAUGACUACAUCGAAACUUGGAUUGGAGGAACUUAUGAAUUCGAGGAAAAAGUUUGGCUGUGGAGUGAUGGGAGCUCUUUUCACUAUACACACUGGUGCCCAGGAGAGCCUAGUGGUGGCAACCAGAAUUGUCUCCAGAUAAAUUAUACCCCUUCCAAGUGUUGGGAUGAUCUGUGGUGUGACUUACGUCGGCCAUCUGUCUGUGCCAAGAAAAAAUCAACACUCCUCGGCUGACACUGAAGCAUGAAACUCCCAUAAAAACACAAACUGAUGUAUAAUAGUGUUUGUGUUAUGCUUGCUCCUUCUUCUUUCAUUUUCUAGUUACAUUUUUUUCCCUUCCUUGGUAGCACCCAAUCUAAACAUCCAAAUGACAAAUCAACAAAAACUGCAUUGUCUUUUAGGCCUUGUGUCUUUAACAAGAGCAGACUAAUUGUGUUACCACAGCAUUGAUCUUACAAAACUGUUGCUUCUUCUGUUUAUCUCUUUAUUUUUGCUGUUUUAUGCAACAUUAAAGCUAUCAGUCAAGCAUC